CAAAUUCCUCCAACUGUCAAUCCCGUCAAAAGUACAAGUAUUUUCCGAACCCCCAAAUCGAAAUCUUUUCCAGUUCGCUCAAGCCGUUGCCCUCUUCCGUCAAUCCCAGCACCGUCGGCGACUUCUCUGGAAACGACUCUGAAGGUGAAUUUUGGCUCUAUGUAAGGUUGAACCUUCAAAGAAAUGGCUGAAGGCGGGGAAGAGGACUUGCCAAGGGAUGCAAAGAUUGUGAAAACGUUGCUAAAAUCAAUGGGUGUUGAUGAUUUUGAGCCUCGAGUUGUUCAUCAAUUCUUAGAACUGUGGUAUCGGUAUGUUGUUGAUGUACUCUCGGAUGCUCAGGUCUAUUCAGAACAUGCAGGGAAAGCUGCCAUCGACUCUGAUGAUAUCAAGCUUGCCAUUCAGUCGAAAGUUAAUUUCAGCUUCUCACAACCCCCACCACGUGAGGUCCUACUGGAGCUGGCUAGGAACAGAAACAAGAUCCCAUUGCCGAAAUCAAUUGCUGGGCCCGGAGUAUCACUCCCUCCUGAACAAGAUACGUUGAUCAACCCAAACUAUCAGCUAGCUAUUGCAAAGAAGCAAAUUAGCCAACCAGAAGAAACAGAGGAGGAUGAAGAAAGUGCUGAUCCCAACCCAGCCCCAACCCAAAAUCCAAGUGUUUCUCAUGAAAAGGCAGAUGUGCCUCAAGGUACUCCUCAGCGAGUAUCCUUUCCCCUUGGCGCUAAACGUCCAAGAUGAUGUUUUAUGUUUGAUCACCUUUGGUGACAAGAGCUUGUGGGACCGGCUGGCUGUGUAAUAUACUCUAGGACAUUGUAUAAUGGUUGUUUAAACAUUAUGAAAUUUUAAGAUCUUUUUUAACAGUGUAUUAGUUUAAUGGCCAGGAGGUCACGGGUUCAAGCCGUGGAAACAGCCUCUUGCAUAAAUGUAGGGUAAGGCUACGUAAAAUAGACCCUUGUGGUCCGGCCCUUCUCCGGAUCCUGCACAUAGCGGGAGCUUAGUGUACCGGUUGCCCUUUUUAUUAGUUUAAUGGCCCUCCUUGCAGCAUUUAUAGACAAGCUGUGAAACCAAGAAUUAUUUUGUUCACUAUCAAUACCUUUCCAUUAUAUUCAUCUGAUAAUGGUCAUUCUGUAGGAUAUGCUUUAUUACG